UGAGCACAACAUUUUACCCACGUGCCUGAUGGACAGGCCAAGCUGAAUGGAAGCCUUCUGAGGCACUGGAGCAGAAGGGAAAACUUGCACAUGGUCACAAAGGACUUCACACUGUUCCAUCCCCUCUACUGCCAUCCAAGAGGCCUCUUGACUCUUCCAGAAUCAGAUGUAAAAGACAAGGGCAGUGGCACUGCUCGUCGUAGCUGCGGAUACAUUCGCAGUGCCACACCUCCUCCACCUUCUCCACGGGGUAGACGGCUUCCACCUAGUGGCAGAUGAGCCGCAGCUGCGUAGGGUCCAGCUGCUUCUUGUUGCAAGCCCGGAAAUGGUUGUACUGCAGCCGGAAGUUCUCGGCGGUGGAGGAGCCCCGCGGCAAAGUUGCCCACGGAGAGGCUCUGCUGCACGAUCUCGCGCACCUCCUUGUCGGACAGCAGGUAAGAUUUGAGAGGGGAGGAUACCAGCUCCUGAAAGGACAGCAGGUUGAAAGAGAGACUUAAAGCACCUGGGUUGGCUCCCAGAGGAUGUGGAGGCCACAGAGUCAUCUAGAUUUACUUCCCAGUUUCCUCAUCCAUGUUAAAGGUUUCCCUGUGAAGUUCUCCAAUGCUCUUUCCCAGCUCCCAGAUGCCCACCAUGACCAGCCCUCCAAGGUCACUUGGUUUGGUGUCAACGGAGGAUAGAUGUUUUCUCCUAUUAUACUGUGAAGGAAUGGGUGGAAGAAUUUUGAUAUGCUUCUUCGAAAUCUUACAAAACAAGGAAGGUGCUGCUGAGGUUCCAGAAAAGGUGCCAGUCUUCAGUUGCUGUUGUUCUUCCUGUAGCCUAGCCUAGAUUUGAAGCUUUUGAAGAGUUCAUGCAGGCACUACGAAAUUUAGCGUGACGACAGCAUGUACGAUCCCUGAAUGGGCCUGUGGGCAUAUUUAGUCAUUCAUUUUUGAUCAGGAGAAAGAAGACAGCCAUCAUUUGGAAGGUAAAGCUUCUGUGACUGAAGGAGUGUGGACUUUUUGAAUUUCAAGAACAGUAAAGUUGGAACACAGUAGAGGGUGUGUAAUAAAAUACAGAUUGGAAAGAAGACUGAUGAAGAAAAAUAACAGCAUGAUUCAGGCACACCAUUGAGUUCUUUGGGAUGCCCAAAAGUGUCUGGUUGGGAAACAUGAAAUAGAAGACAAGAACCUGCCUCAGCAAGCGUACCUGAGAAUACUUUUAAAGAAACCUGUUGAUAAAUGCAAAACAGUAGCUGUUGCAGGUGAUGGAACUGUACUGGAACAAUGGGAGAAACUGGUAGCUUAUAGGAAGCCAAGAUGACCAGAAUGUUUUUAAAUAAUCCAAGGAAGAAUCCUGCUCAAAAAUGAGGUGAAUUAAUGCUUGGGCGCUCAGGAACCCUGGACAGCUAUAUGAGGUGUUUAAAAACUGCCCUGACCAUCUUGCCAAACAAGUCUCUGCUCAUGAGGCCCCACAGGAUGAACGAGCCGAGGCAGGACAGUGUCCUGCCCUGUCGGAACAGUGACUGCUGACCUGCCAAGAGUGAGCUGGGGACUGCCUGCUGUCUGCCAGUACAAUGAAGGAAGUGGUUUAUUGGUCACCCAAGAAGGUGGCAGACUGGCUGCUGGAGAAUGCUAUGCCAGAAUACUGUGAGCCUCUGGAGCAUUUCACAGGCCGGGACUUGAUCAACCUAACCCAAGAGGAUUUCAAAAAACCCCCCUUGUGCCGGGUCUCCUCAGACAACGGGCAGCGGCUCCUGGACAUGAUAGAAACCCUGAAAAUGGAGCACCAUUUGGAAGCACACAAGAACGGCCAUGCCAAUGGGCACCUCAACAUUGGCAUAGACAUCCCCACCCCCGACGGCAGCUUCAGCAUCAAGAUUAAACCCAACGGGAUGCCAAAUGGGUAUAGGAAAGAGAUGAUAAAGAUCCCCAUGCCAGAACUGGAGCGCUCUCAGUACCCCAUGGAGUGGGGCAAGACUUUUCUGGCCUUUCUUUAUGCACUUUCCUGUUUCGUUCUCACCACAGUGAUGAUCUCGGUCGUCCACGAACGAGUACCUCCUAAGGAGGUGCAGCCUCCACUACCGGACACAUUUUUUGACCAUUUUAACCGGGUGCAGUGGGCCUUUUCUAUUUGUGAAAUUAAUGGCAUGAUCCUUGUAGGACUCUGGUUAAUUCAGUGGCUGCUCUUAAAAUACAAGUCUAUUAUUAGCAGAAGAUUUUUCUGCAUAGUUGGCACGCUGUACCUGUAUCGGUGUAUUACAAUGUAUGUAACUACACUCCCAGUACCUGGUAUGCAUUUCAACUGUUCUCCGAAGCUUUUCGGAGACUGGGAAGCCCAACUGCGAAGAAUAAUGAAGCUCAUUGCUGGAGGUGGCUUGUCUAUCACUGGCUCUCACAACAUGUGUGGGGACUAUCUGUACAGCGGCCACACGGUCAUGCUAACACUCACCUACUUAUUUAUCAAAGAGUAUUCCCCUCGGCGACUCUGGUGGUAUCACUGGAUUUGCUGGCUUCUCAGCGUAGUUGGAAUCUUCUGUAUUCUCUUAGCGCAUGACCACUACACUGUGGACGUGGUGGUGGCAUAUUACAUCACCACGAGACUCUUCUGGUGGUAUCACACUAUGGCCAAUCAGCAAGUGCUAAAGGAAGAUUCCCAGAUGAACCUCCUGGCCAGGGUGUGGUGGUACAGGCCAUUUCAGUACUUUGAAAAGAAUGUCCAAGGAAUUGUACCUCGAUCUUACCAUUGGCCUUUCCCCUGGCCAGUAGUCCACCUCAGUAGGCAAGUUAAAUACAGCCGGCUGGUGAAUGACACAUAACAGCUGUACAAAGUGGGGAAAAGACAAAUUGUCCGAAGUGCUAAGAACUCCAUGAGAGAAGAUGCCAUAAAAUAAACACCUCCCUAAUCCUAUUAUCUUUCAAUGGUUACCUUGACUUAACCUAUUGAGUUACCUGGUCAGCACUGUGAUCUUUUUUUCUCUCCAAAGGACCUGCGUUGGACAACAAUAAAGAAAAAUUUAACCUAUCAUGCACUGUACACAUUUCCUGUUCAUAAGUUUGGGAUUUACAUAACCCGCAACCACCAUGUUCCUUUGUAUAUGAUGCAACAGCAUAAAUGUAAGCUUUUAUAUCAUAAGUUCUGGUCUUUCCAGUCACAUCUGGAAAUAAAGCGUAUUAUUUUCUUGGGAAAACAUACUUUUCAUAUCUCUUGCCCCAAAGAUUGGGCUGUAAGCCAUUUUCUAGCAAAUGUCUCUAUGAAGGUUUCUAAGUACCUGAAUGGGGUUUGAUUCUGAAAUCUUUCUACCUGUUGCACCGAUAUUCAAAUAAAAAUGAUAGACACAGAAAGGUUUCGUAACUUUGGGUUUUGUAAAAUCAGCAAAGGCAGUGUUUCAAAAAGUGCAAAAAAAAAGAUUCUGUUAUAAAGUGAUUUUCUAAGUAUUUCCUAACUUUAUUUUUCAAAAUGAUGUUAUGAAAACCAAAUUUAAAGAUUUUUAACAUGUCAGAGAGAAGAGAGUUAAAAUUUAAAAAUGCAUCUUGGGAGAGAAAUUUGUCUUAUGUUUCUAGUGCCUUUCUUGUCUUGAUUGUAUGGUCAGUAGGCAAUCUUAAAUGUUUUUAUUUAAAAUAAAGUAUUCCAUGAAAAUAUAAAUAUAUGUAUACACUACUAAAUUUUGCAUUUAUAGCUAAAUUGAAUCAGAAGACUGCUUAUGGUUUUAAAAUUGCAAUGACUUAAAUAAUGAGGUUGUUAAUUAGAGUCAGAGCCUGUUCACAUAUUGUGAUCAGGUAGCAAUGACAUGUACCACUUAAAUUAUUUUAUCGUCGAUUUGGUAGUUCGAUUUUAACUACUCAAUGAAAACAGCCAUGAAUAUCUUUUCUUAAAGAGAGUUUUGAAAAUGAUCACUUACCUAAAACUUGAAAGCUAUGAAUUAGUUAUCCAUACUCUCAUGACAAUUUUGUUGGUGAACAACAAAAAAGAGAUCUAUUUCUUUAAAAGAUAUUUGUGCAGAAACUGCAUGUAACUCUAAGUUUUACUCCUAACAUACAUAUGUUUGGGGAAGUAUUCUAUUCUAUACUUGCCAAUGUGGAGAACAAAAUAGUUUUUUAAGAAUGAAGAAGUAUAUAUAUCCAUUCUGUAUUUUACGUGCAGCAGAAUUAUCUUCCAUAGGAUUUUUUUGUGUAUUCACAAGGUGAUAUUUGUAUUGUAAAACAAUAAUGGUGAAGGAAAUAAAAAGGCUUUUAAAAUUUUGUUUGUUUUAAAUCUUUGUAAAGUUAUUAUUCCAGAGAGUAUACUGGUAUCUUACAGCUUACCUAGAUCAUAAAUUAAUCAAAAUGCACUUUUUAAUAAAAACUGAUACUUAAAAUAAA